AUGGAUCCCCUCAGCACCGUCGCAUCCACGAUCGCGCUUAUCCAGGCCAUCUCUUCGACAUAUAGGGCCAUCCAACACCUUAGGGGCCUCCCGAAAACAUUUGACGAAGUGAACCAGGGGCUUCCUCUUGUAGAAGACACCCUGGCUCUGGUCCGCGAUCGGCUCGGCGGCAUGGACCUAGACGAACCAUCAAGAAGGACCAUCGGGCCUGUUAUUAGCGGUUGCGAAGAGAAGGCUAGGACACUGCGCGACAUCUUCCAGGAAGUGGAAAGGAACAAAAAGGAGGGGAAUGAUCGGCUAGCCCUCGAUAUCUUCCCCAUCAUGUCCCGUCUGGGCAAAGCACAUCAGUUGAAAACCCUGAUGCAGGAAAUCGAGCGCGACGUGAUGAGAUUGGCCACCAACCAGCUGUUUCGGACGGCAACACAGGACCAGUUGGUCAAGUUGGGGGAG